CUUCAGUUCAGGAGGAAGAUGAGAGAUAGUGUCACUGAAGAACACCUAUAUUUGAGUUUUUCUCAUCAGUAUAGAGAUAGUAUCUUUCCUCUUCAUACAUCUGUUUCACUGUUUUUGCUAUCCUACUGUGACUGCAAGUUAUUCAAAAUUUUCUUAGUGCCGACUGGUGAAGAUGUGGAUGAUCAGUUUGUGACAAAAAACCUCCUUGGCGAUCUUGAGGUCCAUUUAAUCUCCAGAAGUGAGCUUCCAGUGGUUGUGCAGAACUGUUGUUUACCUGCUGUUGUUGUGAAGGAUGGAAAGUUCUGCCGAGCUGGGCUUUCUGUUGUCUUAAGGCAUGUAAUACAGAAAACAUACGACGCAGAUCCAUCUAGAAAGGAUGUUUUGGAACUAUUAGGCUUUAAGAAGACCUGCUUAAAAGCCUGUGCUGAAGUUAGCCAGUGGACCAGACUCUGUGAGAUCAGCAUACCUCUGGCUGUUGAAGAAUUUUUGACGGCAUCUCCUGAUCACUGUAAGACUAUUCCUUCUGCCAUUUUACAGCUUGAAAGGAAGCUUGGAGAACCUGUCCGAGUACAUAAUGAUGACAAAAUUCGAAGGCAAAAACUUCAACAACAAAAGGCUGCAGUGCCUCUGCUUGCUAAAGCAGCAGCAGCAGAAGGAAAACCAGUGGAAGUGCAUGAACAUCCACUCCCAACUUUGGAACUGAGCAUAGCUUUCUCCAAGCUACUUGUCCAGGAAGCAUCAGAUGCAGUCAGUAGGGAGGCCCCUCACAUCAGGAGAACAAAAACCUCAGACCUUCCACUUUUGGACCACGUUUUUGCAGAAGGGCUUUAUUUUACUGUGGCAGACAUCGUGCUUUUGCCAUGCAUCCAUCAGUUCUUGGUUUCCUGCAAAACCCAAGGCAAAAAUCUGUUAAAUUUGCCUCUGAUAUCCAGCUGGUAUCGAAGAGUUCAAGAAGUACCUGGAGUAAAGAAAGCUGCUGGCAAAUGCAAUAUGGAGUUUCUCCAGCUUCCAGAGUUGAUGUCUGCUUCAGAGGAACAGUUGCAAGACUUCUCUUCAGUUCCUGAUGAAUCAGAAGAGGAGAAUGAAGACAGUCAUUUUAUAGGUGGUCCAAGGCCAACUAUGACGAAGUUAAUGGAGAAUGGUGUCGAAGCAAAGUUUGCUCCUCAUCCAUGCCCCAGUUGGACCCUAGACUGGACCCAUCUACCACCUGCAGUCAGUCCUGGAGAAG